UUCUUCAUACUGGUGUGAACCUUAUAUUGUUUUAACUGAGGUUUCGCAAUAUUUGUUAUGGUGAUCGAAUCAAUUUUAAAUUCUUUUUGACAAGGAAUUUUAGUCCAUAUGUACUCAGUACACGAAUGUCUUUAAUAUGCCAUACCGGAUCUCCAUUGACAAUGUAGUGCUGAAUCGUGACGAUCAUGUGUAAAGGGGUGUGGCGUGUUUGUUUUGGAACUUGUGUGAUGUAAUCAAUAAUCCUGAUUCAACAUAAAUAUUACAAUAAUAAUUAUCAAGCAGUCUGCCACAUAUUAAGCCAAAGUUACAUGAAACUACAGACUUGUGAAUGAGGUGUUUGUGUGAUGUGCCUGUGAGGAUCACUUACCUGUUUACCUGUUGACGAUGUCGGACCCUCUUACUCUGCCACCUUGUCGUAUAUGUACAGGUAUUGCCACAGGGAUACACUAUGGCAUUAAUACCUGUGAAGCAUGUAAGGCUUUCUUUCGGCGUGCUUCAAUGGAGAAGGAUAAGUACCAAUGUACGGCUGAUUAUAAUUGUGUCAUCACUGACAGACGACGGGGAAACUGCUCUGCUUGUCGUCUAAAGAAAUGGUUUGAUCUUGGAAUGUCAAAAGGGGCUGUACGACAUGGUCGCUAUACAAUUGCCAUCCGUACUAAGACUAUCAUGGAGGUCAAGCGUCUGGAGGGAAAGGAUGCAGUGUCUAGCUCCGACCACGACCAGGCCUUGGGGAUCAAGUCAAAAAAAUCCAGCAGUGGGUCAGAUGACUCUGAUUCUGUCACGUCUACAUCACAGCCUACAAAACUCCUGUCAAGUCCUACUGCAGAAAAGAGGAGGAGGAAGAAGAGAAAGAGUAAGCGAUUGAAGGAGAACCAAUUUCAUGUGGAAGGGCCUGUGGUAUCUGAUUUUACUGUAAAUUCCACCGUGCUAGACGACCAGACUCUGGGGGAGGCUGAAAUGCAAGAAAUUGUCAACCUCCUUGUUACCGCACAGGAAAAAAUUUACCCAAACCUCAUCAAUUACUUCAACAAAGACUUCAAUGAAAAACUGCAAAAUGAUUACUUUGAUAGUUAUACACUACGCAAGGAAAUGUUUGGAUUGAAAACUGGCACCAUUAGUACAGAGGAGCAUCGCAGAUUAUACAACAUGACGGGGAUUGAUAUCGACGAUCGGUUGGCGAAGCUAGAAAAAACUGCUGGUCACAUUCAACGUAGUAUCAUCAAGUACAUAACUUUUGCCAAAGUCAUCCCUGGGUUUACCAACCUGUCAGACACAGACAAACUCUCACUCAUAAAAGCCUCUAGGUUUGAGUAUUGGAUCCUGGGUCACUACCUUCACAUGAACCCUGACCUAGGGGUCAAUGUAGGUGUGGAGAUCAAGUUUCAUCGUGAGGAAAGCAUACAUUACUGGGGCUCAGAGGAUAUAGUCAAUAGUCAGGAACAGUUUGCACGCAUCAUGCACAAACUUGCCUUAUCCUAUGAAGAAAUUGCUGUGCUGAGGGCGAUUGUGAUUGUUUUUCGAGACCGCUGUCCUCUAGACGACCCAGACCAAGUAGAACGGAUACAAUGGCCUUUGAUUCAGUGUCUCAAGUAUGUCAUCCAGAAGGUGCACCCCGGGGACCACAGGCGAUUCCAUACCUACAUAUCUAAACUUGUCGAUCUACGCACUCUUACUGAAAUCAACCGUAAAUCCAACAAGAUGCUGGAUGAAUUCCAAGCAACUAUCUGUAAAAAUUACCCUCUUGUUUACGAAUGUCUGUGCAACAUUUGAAACCUCUGUGCUGGACACAGGAUGGUUGUUGUAAUUUUUUAAUCACCAAAACUGUUAAUCAGAAAAGACAAUAAUAAUUUCACAUUCAAUGUAGAUAAUCUAGCUGAAUGAUGAAAGAUGUAAUGUGGAAUCUUGAG